AUGCGAAUCUGUGAUUACUUCUUCGUCUAUCUUACCCAGUUCUCUAUAUCAUGGAAUUUGGUACUCACCUAUUGUGUUAUGUACGAUGUUUGUCACAUGGAACGAUCAAGUCCGAUGAAUUGCCGUGCCGAUGGCAAUUUCACGGCUCGUCCUAUUCAAUCCCUCUCCGACGAUGCUGCUCAGAAACUCGAAUACAUCUGUCCUCACUUACUAGAAGGUAAUGAUGGAGUUUGUUGUUCGUCAGCUCAAGUGCUCGCUAUGAGCAAGCAGUUACGACAAGCUGGUAGUUUACUCGAACGGUGCCCAUCAUGUUAUGAUAAUUUCCAAAAAUUAUGGUGCGAAUUCACCUGCUCACAUCGACAACAUGCUUUUGUGGAGAUUUUGCAAGAGCUCGAAGUACCAGAAACGAAUAUAUCAUACGUUAAUAAAGUACGAUAUAAUGUUAGCAAGGAGUUUUCGGAUGCACUGUACAAUUCUUGUAAAGAUGUUUCCAUGACGGGGAGUGCUACAAAAGCGAUCCGAUUAAUGUGUGGUAGUUUGAAAAAGAAUGAAGAAUGUACCAUCGAUAACUGGUUAAAGUUCAUGGGAACUCAAAAUCAUCGAAUUGGCAUACCCCUUGGGAUCGAUUUUAAUAUCAUUGAUCCAACGAUAACCGAUCAAUAA